CAGUUUGCUUUCAGCAUGCGUGCGCUUCACUACCUUCUGCUGCUGCUCAUCGUGUACGCGGGGCUCGUGGCAGCGGCUCCCGCUGCGCGCCAGCGACGUCAGAUUGACUUGACGCUGUCGGCGGAUCAUGACGACAAGGACGCCGAAACGGAGCUGGCCUUGGAGGCCAUAGCUGGACUGUGGAGCAGCGCAGACAGCCGCACCAAGGUCGAUGGAUCCGCACGGGUUGUGCACCGCCACAAUGCCAUGCAAACUGGUUCGGAGCAAGAUUGGCGUCUGGGCGUGCGUGUCGUCUUCACUUAGGGCUGUCCAGACGGCUCAAGGUACCCUGUGGAAUGACCAGUUGGCGUGCUCUCCCUCCGUUCGAUGGACUGUACUCACUGCUCCUGAUAACAUUUUGACCUUCGACUUCGUAGACUUGUAAAUAGAACGUUCCGUGUGAAUACAAAACCGAAAAGCU